CAUCACACUUGAUACACACCUGUGACCUGCCCCUUUCGCCUCUAUAUAUGCACCCAAAAAAAUGCAAAUAGUACCAUGGGGAAAAACCUGCAACACCAUGGUUCAAGAUGAUGGUCCUUGCUUCUUCCAGAUUAUCACUUGUAAAACAACGGAGGAAAUUCAAAUCCCUCCAAAGUUUAUGAAGCAUCUGUCAAACGAAAUGGGUGACAGAGCAACUCUUAAGGGCCCUUCUGAUGACGCUUGGACAAUUGUUGUACAUGAAAAGAAUAAUGGCACAUAUCUACAAGAUGGAUGGCAGGACUUCAUGAGAUUUCACUCGUUAGGAAAGAAUGAGUUUUUGCUCUUCCGGUAUGAUGGGAAUUCUCAUUUCAGCGUACGGAUUUAUGAUCAGAGUGGAUUGGAAAGACAAAGUGAAUCUGUUAUUACCUGCAAACAUCGAGAAGCUAGGAAAAUGGAAGCUGAAUACUCCACAGGAAGAAGUAAAAAAGGUAGACUGAGAAAGAACAACGUCAAUCCAGAUAACCUUCAUCAAUCAAAAUCCUGCAAAGGAGGAGAAGAUGGGGCUGGUCUGAGCUUUCACUCGCAUAAAUUGCAAAGGGCCAAGAAAUCUAAGAGGAUUGAGCACACAACAAUAAAGCUUGAAGAGGAAGAAAUGGAGCCAACCGAUGUUGUAGCAUAUCCAUUGCUUAUGGGGUAUGAAGGGGAGAAAGGUAAUAGGAAAAGGAAGAAAGAAAAGGGUAAAACACAUGAGAAACACCAUUCAAAGAACAUCAAGUAUGCCAAAAGGAAGAUUAAGGAGGAAGAAAUGGACCCAACCAUUGAUUCCCAGACCAUAAGGUCUCCAAUAGAAGAAGAAAGAGGUAGAGUUCUUGAAAAAGAGGAUUCAUUUAGCUCUAACUUCCCUUGUUACAAGUGCUGCCUAAAGCAGUCCAGCGUGCAGACAGUGUUUCUUCUAGUCGACAAUUAUUGCAGCCAAUCUGCAGGCCAUUCUCUCAGGCACACUUUCCUCCAUUCAGAACUCACAUAGUCCUGCGGAACUCUAAAGGGAAGGGUUGGGUCGUGACUGUAAUUCCUGUCACAGGGAGGCACUCAUUUUCUGGAGGUUGGCGUUCUUUUGUCGUGGAUAACGGACUCAAGGAAGGUGAUGCCUGCAUCUUUGAGCUUGUCAAGAGAACUGAGAUGCAGGUCCAUGUUUUUCGAGCUGGAAAAAGGCUGAGCCUGCUAUCAGAAAUGUGAACCAGAAGUUAUGUGCAGAGUCAACAUGUGAUGGUGCUUAUCCUCAGUUUUAAGUUGUUUUGCCUUUCAAGUUAAAAAAUACUUGGUUGUUGAAAUCAAAUUCUAUAAAUCUGAAAGAGGUAUUGUCCAAAGAAGUUAGUUAAUGCUUAUAACAUCAUGACUUAAAAA